CGUGGCACGGCGCACACCCGUCAAGCCACGCGCGCGCAGCGAUCUGCGUCCUCUUUUAUCCUUCGCCCCUUCUCAGCUCUUCUUCCGUUCAAAUCGAUGGCCAUAAGUGUCACCGCUGCUCUCAGCUUCCUCAGUCUCUCUCCGAAUUCCAAAAUCCCAGCCCUAAAACUCACGAAACCCACUUCUCCCCUCCCCACUCUCUCUCCCCACACCCUCAAUGCCACCCUCCCCUCAUCCACGGCCGGCAUCGCCAUCGCUGCGGCCGCCUCAGCAACCGUUUUCUCGCUACCGGAAUUUGUCCUCCCUCCGGAUGCGCUCGCAGUUGGUGGCGAGUUCGGGAUCCUCGAGGGGCGCACUUUCGCGCUCAUACACCCGCUAGUGAUGGGCGGCCUCUUCUUCUACACCGUUUGGACUGGAUACCUUGGAUGGCAAUGGCGACGUAUACGCACCAUCCAGGAAGAGAUUAACGAGCUCAAGAAGCAGGUCAAGUCACCUGUACCCGCCGCCGUCGCCGCUGGAGGUGUCGAUAUGGGCAGCCGUGAGCCGGCACCUCCGCCACAAACAGAGUCUUCCUCCGUGGAGCGGAAGAUGUUGCUGCUUACUGAGGAGAGGAAGGAGCUGUUGAAAGGCGGGUUUAGGGACCGACACUUUAAUGCUGGAUCAAUAUUGUUGGGGUUUGGUGUGUUUGAGGCCGUUGGAGGUGCAGUCAAUACCUGGUUCCGGACUGGGAAGCUCUUUCCUGGGCCGCACCUAUUUGCCGGAGCAGGGAUCACGACCUUAUGGGCGCUGGCAGCAGCACUUGUUCCUCAGAUGCAGAAGGGAAAUGAAACAGCCAGAAAUCUGCACAUUGCAUUGAACGCAUUGAAUGUUCUGCUCUUUAUAUGGCAGAUUCCCACUGGUAUUGAAAUUGUUUACAAAGUGUUUGAAUUCACUAAUUGGCCCUGAUUUCUGCAUUACUCUGUCUUCUUCUUACUGGCUUAUGACUUUAUUAUUCUGUUCUUCUUCCCAUAGAUUUCAUAUGCUUAUCACAUGAUGCUUGCCAACCAUGUAUCUUCUUAUAAGAUAGCAUUGGUCAUGGUCAUUAAAUACUGCUUGAUGUAUAUAUACGGAACUCCUGAAUAGUUAAAUAUCAAGCUUGGAAGGUCUGGUUGCUGGUAAAUAUAAUGUAUGUUCUAAAAUGGAUUUAAUUUUUAUAGUUUUUUCCCA